UUGUUCGUUUAUGUCUUCAGAGAAUGGACCAGGCUCCUCUCAGUGGGGGCUUUAUUUUAUUUUCCCUUUUAGGGGUCUGGGAUUUUUAGGGUUGAAAAUUCAGAUUUGUUAACUCGUGUUAUUGUUUUUGCUGUUAUCUUAUCAUGUUAGUGGACUGGGAUAGAAGGUGAGAUGGGUAAUGUGGAACAAACACUCUUGAGAAAUGGAACUCAAUGAACCUUCUGUGUGCCUCUCUUUGGCACAUUUGAUUGUUGUGAAGUGCUGCUUUCUCACAAUGAUGAUUGAUGAUAGCCCAUCCAUGUGUUGAACCUUGAACUUGAUUGGUUGUGUCAUUGGCAUGCCAUUGUUGGAGGGUUUGUGCCCUCGUGCCCUCCUCUAGAUGGACCCGAGAAGAUGAUAUUGUUAUCUGUGGUGUUUAUUGGGAGAUGAAAUUAUGUUAAUUGCGAGGGAGGGAGAAACUAUAAGAAAAGAAUACUGAAAAGAAGGAGCACACGAAUGUUCCUUUUCAUGGUUGUGAGAGCCAAUUAAACUUGGGCGAGUGAUGUUGAAGCUGAGAAUUAUUUGGAGUUUUUUUUUGGUCAGGUUUAGGUAAAUCUUCAUUGGUUAGAUUGCAUUUGUUUGUGUUUCAUGAUGAAUAGGAUACUUGCUUGUAUACAAAUAAGAAGUUUUCUUAGUGGUGCAAUUGGUUAUGAAAGUGGGUAUGAGUAUACAAAUUGGGGUGGGGCUUUUGAGAACUCAAUAUUGGUUAUUUGGUUCUGUGAGGUAUUAGGAUGUUUUAAUCAUGGUUUUUUAGUUUUAACUGAAGAGUUAUAAGUAGGAUUCAUGGCUUGGGGAAAAUUUGAUUUUUGUCAUUUAUUGAAGUUGCAGAAUGGGUUUGUGUAGAAUCAUAAAUUCCAGAUUAGUCAGAGGUGUACUGUGUAUGGUGUUUUACUGUUAGAGUUUGUUCAUGCCAUAUUAUUUGUACUUAUUUUCUGUUUGCAUGCUGAGAAAAUCUGCAAAAAUUGAAGAAAGUAGUGUAUUGAAUUUUGUGUUUUAUGCUGAGAGAGAGAGAGAGAGUGAGAGAAGAACCAAGUUUCAACUUGACUACGAUUAGUGUUAUUAGGCAUAUGUUAGUUGGGGACUCUGUUCUUUAGGUUCCUUGAUUGACAGAAACCUUAAGACUUGAUUUCUCUUCUUUGCCCACCUUUUCCCUAGCAACCAAAUGGAGCAUUGGUUGUUUUUAGUUGAUUCAGGGAGUUUAAUUUGAAUAAGUUAUGUGGCAUACCUGCGUGAUCAAAUUGGUUUAUAUUAUUGCCAUACUAUUGCAGGAGGAUUGAUGCCCUCCUCUAGAUGGGUCAUAUAGCAUGGCCUUUGUCACUGGUGGUGACAAUUGGACAGCAGAAUUAAAGUUAACUCACCAAAUAUGUUCUAGAUAGGUCCCUUAAAGAAUUUUUGUGUCAUGCUUGGAUCUUCCUCUCAACACUCCAUGCACCAUACCCUGGGUUUGUUUCAUUUGCAAACUUGCAAGGGUCAGAAUGGGAAGAAGGAUUUUGAAUGAUGCUUUGAGGACAAUGGUGAAUGCAGAGAGGAGAGGGAUGGCUAAAGCUCACUUGCAGCCCAUUUCCACUGUCAUGACAUCCUUUCUCAAGAUCAUGAAAGAUCAUGGAUACAUUAAAGAUUUUCAAGUAUAUGAUCCACACAGAGUGGGAAAGAUAACAGUUGAACUGCAAGGCAGGAUUAAUGAUUGUCGAGCUCUUACGUAUAGGCAGGAUCUCAAAGCCAAGGACAUAGAGAAAUAUACAGCUAAUAAGCUUCCAACGCGUCAGUGGGGCUAUGUUGUGAUUACAACUCCUAAUGGUGUUUUGGAUCAUGAAGAGGCCGUCCAACAAAACGUCGGUGGCCAGGUUCUUGGCUACUUCUAUUAAACAUCUGUCUGAUCACUCUUUAGAACUGCAGUGGGUUUACAUCAUUAUCUUCUUUCACAAUUUCCCCUUUGUGAACUACCUUUAGGUAUUUUCUGUUUUCUGUCACUCUUGAUCCCAAGCCCAGAAACCAGAAAGACUGAACUCCCCUGUGGCUACAAAACCCCUCUCCAAUUCGAUUGGCAGCUUUCUCUUUUGUACUAAAAUAUUAUUUUGAUGGAAAAAGUUAGAACUUUUUCCCUCAAACAGUGGAAAUUUUGAAAAGAUAAGGGUAAUAAUAGAUGUGUUUCUGAUGAAGUUUCUAUACA